AUGUCUCUAUCAUCGCCGUUCACCUGUCCACGCGCACGAUUAACGUUCAGAAUGCUCGACUCCAGAGGUGUCAAUGUACAACCAGGGCUACCGUCGCUCCUCACUCUGCCGACCGAAAUUCUACUCGCUGUAUUCGACCUGCUAUACCAAGAACACCAAGCCAACAAGCCAAAACAUCCCAAGAAGCUGGUUGCAGACUCCUGCUCGUUCCCCUGCUCUGUUGCGUCUGUGUGUCAGAGGUUCCUAGAUGUUCUAUCCUUGAAUCCCCGCUUUUGGAGGCAUAUCGUUCUAUGGGUGCACGACCCCCACCUUUACCCCUGGGUCGUGCGCAGAUACAUCGCAGCCUCGCAAGAGCAGGAGCUGGCCGUUUAUAUCAGCUGCGGGUCCGCAGAUUCAGGCACAAACGAUGAACAUCGCAAGCGCGAACACGAGCGCGUCUUGUUUUUUGCCCAGACCGUCUCGGCUCACCUCAAACGCGUUACAACACUCUCAAUUCACACACACUUCCGAUCCUCUCUUCUCCUUGCCACAGGACACCUCGCAAGCUGUUCAGCUCCUCACUUGGAAGGCCUUUGCCUCACCGCCUCCGUGACAGACACCUCCGAUGAGCUUACCUUCCCGGCGUUCCACAGCUCCACGGUCAGGUCCGUCCGACUUGAUGCCAAAGGUGUCGUUGAUAUCGUCACGAAGCGUCCGGAUUGGCCUCACGAGCUCGAAGGGUUCUGGAUCAACCACGUCGGGCUCGACGUGGUUCCUUAUCCGCCAUCUUUAGCUCCCUCAGGCUCGAGCAUACCCAGCCUGCCGCUCCUCUCGGCGCGCGCGUUCUUUCACGCGCUCGCACACAUCGAUAACAUGUCAGGCGUGAGCCUCUCGAUCACGGGCGUCACGCUCAACCACGACGUAGCGCUUGAGGAAUUCGAUGACGAAGACGAAGGGGGACGAGAGAUGUACCUCUGCAACACCUUCAGUCUCACGCUGCGCUCCCUCGCGGCACCGUUCCUCGCUCUGUUCUUCCGGGCUUUUAAGCCAGAGUGGAAGCACCGGCUGGGCAUUGAGCUCGUCGACUGCUCCUUUUCCCCCGUCUCUCCCCUUCAGCACGACUUAUCGCACUCCGCAACCUUACCUUCGUCUGUUCCAGACGCGUCUUCAUCUGCAUCUGCAUCCACAGGCAUACCGCCGUUUGAGAUGGAGACAAACAGACUCACGCUCCGAUCUUUCCCCUCGCGGGACGACAUCCUCAUUGCGCUGUGCGCGUGGACAGGAAACGGGAGCCUUGCGGUGGAAGAUUGUCUCGCGUUCGACGAUGCCAUGCUCGAUCUGCUCGCCGUACCAGCUGCAUACGUCCCAGAACCAGAACCAGACGAGGCAGAGCUGACGUCAGGGCCUACUUCAGAUGUCCACACGCUAGCGCGCGACAUGCACUACCUCACAAUCCGCAGGUGUCCUUCUGUCACGGCGGGUGCGAUCCGGCGGUUAGUGUGCGCUCGAAAUGGCGUUCUGCGCACCGUGCACUGUGCGGUUCGGCCCAGGACAAAAGACGGGUUCAAUGAAGAGCUGGGAAGGUCUGAAAAUGAAAGGACGGAGGGACUUGAACAAGACCAGGACGUAGCGUGGUUGAGGGAGAACCUGGAGGACUUCACCUGGGAAUAAGUAGACAAGGGCGGCUGCUAACAUUAUGGUUGGCCUUGGCAAAGACACGUAGAGCGAAUCCAUCUUGAAGAAC